UGAAGCUCUUUCUCAAGCAUUUCAUUCAUUUUCAAAGCGCCAGCACGCGGGAGAGAGAUAACACAGAGAUCAGAGAGAAUUUUGAAAAACAAAGCAAAAAAAACGAAACGAAUCGGUGAGAAGGAAAAAAUCUGAAACUGUCAAGAGACGUUUUACAUGCGUUCGUAAACAAAAACAAAAAAACAUACCAUACCUUAUACGAAAGGCGAUACAUAUAUAUAUAUACGUUUAUAUUGUGUUACCUAUAGCUCUGCAGAGUUUUGGAAUUUUCACGGAGAUCUUUGAUCGGAGAUAGUACAUCGAUUCGGAUUUCAGAGAUAGACUCUCUUGCGUUGUUGCUUGGAUCUCUGCUUCACCGUUGAUAAUUCCAGGUUCUUGAAUCCUCUCAUUAGAUCAGAAGUGUUCAGCUAGGGAACUUAGGUGUUGCGUGGUUCUGUAGUUUAAGGUUUUGAUGAGAUGAAGGCAGUUAAAAGGUGGAGUGUAGGGAACUUAGGUGAUAUGGCGUCUUCUUUGCCUGGAGCUAGACACCGUGCUCCUCCUGCAAGAAGACGAGUUUGGAUCAUCAUGGUUCUAUCGUUGAUCAGCUUGUUCUUUAUUGUCGCUUAUAUGUACCCUCAUCACAGUAAACGUGCUUGUUAUAUGAUUUCUUCAAGAGGAUGUAAGGCUUUAGCUGAUUGGCUUCCACCUUCUCUGAGGGAAUACUCAGAUGAUGAGAUUGCUGCUCGUGUUGUCAUUAGCGAGAUCUUGAGUUCACCUCCUGUUAUUAGAAAGAACUCCAAAAUUGCAUUCAUGUUCUUGACUCCUGGUACAUUGCCUUUCGAGAAGCUGUGGGACAGAUUUUUCCAGGGCCAUGAAGGAAAGUUCUCUGUUUAUAUCCAUGCAUCAAAGGAAAGGCCAGUUCACUACAGUCGUUACUUUGUCAACCGCGAAAUUCGCAGUGAUGAGGUGGUGUGGGGAAGAAUAUCAAUGGUUGAUGCAGAGAGACGGUUAUUAGCUAAUGCUCUUAGAGACCCCUCAAACCAGCAAUUUGCUUUACUCUCUGAUAGUUGUGUACCACUUCGGAGUUUUGAAUACAUUUACAAUUACUUGAUGUACAGCAAUGUUAGCUAUGUUGACUGCUUUGAUGAUCCAGGUCAACAUGGAGUAGGCAGACAUAUGAAUCACAUGUUGCCUGAAAUUCCAAAGAAGGAUUUUCGAAAGGGUGCACAGUGGUUCACCAUGAAGCGACAACACGCUGUAGCAACUAUGGCAGACAGUCUUUACUACUCUAAAUUCCGAGAUUACUGCGGGCCAGGCAUAGAGAACAACAAGAACUGCAUAGCUGAUGAACACUACCUGCCAACAUUCUUUCAUAUGCUCGAUCCCAGUGGGAUUUCUAACUGGACUGUAACACAAGUUGAUUGGUCUGAAAGAAAGUGGCAUCCCAAAACAUAUAUGCCUGAAGAUAUCACACACGAGUUACUAAACAACCUCACGUCUACUGACACUGUUGUACAUGUCACAAGUGUUGGGAUGGGUGAAGAAAUAUGGAUGCCUUGUAUCUGGAACGGAAUCAAAAGACCUUGCUACUUGUUUGGAAGGAAAUUUCACCCGGAUACGCUCGAUAAACUCUUGGAUCUCUUCUCAAAUUACACAAGAUCGGUCACUUGGCAUUUGUGAUUAUAAAGGGUAUUUUUUUUUCUACACACACUCAGAUUCUUUGACCAAUGUUCGAUUCCCCACCCAGAUGAAUCUAUAUCAACUCUGAAGCUAUAACACUACAAGUCUAGAAGCUUAAGGAGGUGUGAGAUUUUUUUUCUCAUAAUAUGCUUCAUUUGGUUGGAAGGAGACGUUGGUUCUAUUCUUCUCUACUCUGUUUUUUGGCUAUAUAUCUCACUUGUUACUUUACUGUUGUGAAAAGGGGAACUCUAGACCGAUUCUUUUUUAUUUUUUUUUGGAUCGAUUUUGUUUUGUGUUCAGAAUGUUAAACAAACAGAGCUACACAGGUUUAUAGAGUUUCUUUGCAUAUAUACCAUAUUUUCUUUGGUUUUGA